GCUCAGAAAGUUCUAUCACCGGGGUAGUCCAGUGGGCUGAUUACCAUUGUGUACUUCAUAGGCUUCGGGUUGGUGUUGUUCAAGGACGGCAAGAGUCAGCUGAUAACUGGUGUGCUAACAAAAUGGCAUCUGUGAACAAGAGCAUUGAUGUGAAAAGAGACAGACCGAGCAGAAAGCAGCUUCUGGAAGAGAUAAACGAAAAGCGUGAGUCCUACUGUCUGGUGGAGAGAAGCAAUCAAGUCAGCUUCCUGCGAGUUCAGAAGAGGCACUUCAGCCAGGCCUACCAGUCUUUAGCCUGUGUGAAUGUCAAAGAGUCUGUUCCUGAAAGUGACAGGACCUCCUGGGUCGGUCGGGGCCUCUUUGUUCGCAAGGAGAGAAGGCACUUUCCACCGAAAAAUAAUGCCAUAUUUGGAUAAAGUACAUGUCCAGAGACCACACAAAUAAAUUCUCUUCCAUCAGU